AAUAAAAAAGAUAACGGUAAUUAAACCAAUUAUCCCAAAAAUACCGUCUUGUAAAAAAAACAUCUAAUAAAUCUUUCAGUAUACAAACAAAUCCGAAAAUAGGCCCUUAAACAAUUGAAAAAGUCCUAAAUUCUCCCGUAACAGUUUUAAAAAAAAUGCUAGAAAAUAAAGAAAUAACCAGUGUAGAUUUAGUGAAUAUAUUUUCUCAAAGAGCCCAAUAAAUAGGACAAGAAUUAAAUAUAAUAACCGAGCUAAACUACACUGAAGCAAUUUAAUUAGCCAUACAAUGUGACGAAUUAAGACAAAAAAACCCCGAAAAUAUAAAAAACCUACACCUAUUCGGCAUACCAAUUUCAAUAAAAGAAACAUUAGAACAAAAAGGCUUUGUUUGUACUAUAGGUUGUGUUUCUAGGAUAAAUGAUGAGCCCUCAAAAGAAGAUGGUUUUAACAUAUCUUUAUUAAAAAAAUAAGGAGCUAUUCCUUUUAUAAGAACAAACAUACCUUAAUUAGCUAUGACGUCAGAAUCAUAUAAUCGCUUAUAUGGAAGAGUUUAGAAUCCUUGGAAUAUAUAAAAAAGCGCAGGAGGAUCUUCAGGGGGAGAAGGUGCUGCAAUUGCAGCAAGAAUAUCUCCUUUAGGAAUUGGCAGUGAUAUUGGUGGGUCUAUUAGAAUUCCAGCAGCUUAUUGUGGAGUAUACGGAUUUAAAUUUACAUCUAACAGGGGAUUAUCUAAAGGACAUACUUAUUUAACUGAUUUUUUAAAUGGGUAAUAAGCAAUUUUAUUGUCUGUAGGUCCUAUAGGUAAAAGUGUUGAUGAUUUGAUUUUGGUUAUGAAAUGUUUCAAUGACUAGAAAGCGCAUUAAUAAGCUGAAAUAGAUAAAAAAGAUGUUUUUUUAUUAAUUAAAGAAAUUGAUGAUAAAGUAAUUAAUAACAAAAAUAAAUAAAGAAUUGGAUAUUUUAAAACCCUAUAAUUUAUUGACGCUAGUUUAGCAAAUUAACGCGCAGUGGAAAUAUCAUUAGAAAAACUAAAAGAAUUAGGACAUGAACUAAUCGAAAUUGAAAUUCCGUUCUAAUUAGAAAUAAUGUAAUGUUAUUUUAGAAUUUUAAUGUCUGAUGGUUUAUAAGGAGUACAUAAAUUACUCAAAGGAGAAGGUUUUAUUAGAGAGUAUAAAUAAAUGGUUACUUUAGCAAGUUUACCGUAAUUCUUAGGGGUGUUUGUAUCCUUAAUAUUAGGUUUUUUAGGUUAAAAAAGACUAUAAAAGUUAAUCGAAACUUUCAAAGAAUUACCUGCUAGUGAAUAUGUUAGUACUUGCUAUAAAAUCCAAAUUUUAAAAUAAAAGUUUAUCGAAAUAUUUUAAAAAAAUAACAUUUCAUCUAUAUUAUGUCCUUCUUCGGGUACUCCAGCAUUUUCACAUGGGAAAAAUGCAGAAACAGUUCUUUCCUGCUAUUAUAAUUUUAUGUGGAAUUUAUUAGAUUUCCCUGCCGGAGUUUUACCUAUAACUACAGUUUUAGAAAAUGAAUAGCAUUAUAAAAAUAGUUUAAUUAAGGAUAUUCUUAGUAAGAAAAUUGAUUAGUUUAUGAAAGGAAGCAUGGGAAUGCCAGUGGGAAUUUAGGUUGUGGCUUUACCUAAUUAAGAUGAAGUAGCUUUGAAUAUAAUGAAAUAAAUUGAUGAGAAAGUUUAGUUUUAUAAAAAUUAUAAUUAUCCUAUAUGA